GGUAGAUCCCAGAUAUUUGUUCUUUAUUCAUAUUUCUAGACCAUCAACCAAAGGGCUAGGAUCUUCCAAUCCCGAAAAAUUUUCGGGGGAGUCCCAUCCAUAGAAAAUAUCGUAAAAUCAACGGCUCGGAUCAGGACACUUGUAGCGUCCAGAUGCAUCAUCCUGAUCCUAUUAUCCCCUGUUUCAGUUAUCCUCGUCCCAUCCAAAACCGAACCAAAAUGAGACCGUACUAUUCCAGCUUCCAUCUCUCCAACAUCAUCCCACUCACUAACCUUAGAAAACCGCUCUUCUCUCUCCCCAACGACCUUCAGAACGUAACACCCGAUCCUAAUCCCGAGCCUUCGCAGGCUCGGAAGCCGAAAGGUAGCGCGCAGCUGAACCGAUGGUCGAGGGCUCGGGCGAUACGUUCGGGGAGGAGAUUGGAUCGGCCGAUAAAUCGGAAGGAGAAUUCCGCUACGAAGGCUCCUCCGUCUAGUUCUUCGUCCUCAACCGAGUUAUGGCCAGUUCUUUCGGGGGAGAGGACCGACGACGAAGAGGAUGACGGCGAGUUAACGGCGGGGAAGGCUAUCUACAUGGUUUCUGACGGAACGGGAUGGACGGCCGAGCAUUCCGUUAACGCGGCGUUAGGGCAGUUCGAGUUCUGCUUGGCGGAUAGGGGCUGCGCCGUAAAUACCCACCUCUUUUCGGGGGUUGAUGAUGUAGAUAGUCUGAUGGAUAUCGUAAAGCAAGCAGCCAAGGAAGGUGCAUUGCUCCUCUACACCCUAGCAGACCCCUCCAUGGCCGAGUCUGCAAAGCAAGCAUGCCAGCUUUGGGGGGUCCCAUCCUCUGAUAUCCUGGGCCCCACCACCGAGGCUAUCGCAGCGCAUCUUGGUGUCUCUCCAUCAGGCCUCCCCCGUGGCGCACAAGGCAGAAGAAUCCCACUCAGCAAAGAAUACUUCAAAAGGAUCGAAGCCAUCGAAUUCACUAUAAAGCAAGAUGAUGGGGCUCUGCCCCAAAACCUUUACAAGGCUGACAUUGUCCUUGUUGGAGUCUCCCGCACUGGAAAGACGCCAUUGUCAAUAUAUCUGGCACAAAAGGGAUAUAAGGUGGCAAAUGUUCCGAUUGUAAUGGGCGUUGAAUUGCCGAAGACACUUUUCGAGAUAGAACAGGAGAAGAUUUUCGGGUUGACUAUAAAUCCGGUGAUCUUGCAGACAAUUAGAAAGGCGAGAGCAAAGGGUCUAGGACUCGGCACGGUGAAAUGGAGUUUUUACACCGAGAAAGGGAGUAAUUACUCUGAGAUGGAUCAUGUGAGAGAGGAGCUGGAAUUUGCUAAUGGAAUUUACGCGCAAAAUCCUGUAUGGCCGGUAAUUGAGGUAACAGGAAAAGCUAUCGAAGAAACGGCAGCUGUCGUUGUGAGGAUUUACCAUGACCGGAAACAGAAGUGCUCUAUGCCGCGGAUCUCAAAACUCUAUUAGAGACUCUAUGAAUUGCUAGUAGUAAACUCCCAAAUUGCAACUGAGAGAACGAAAGCUGAUAAGGUUGAGCCCAUCUAAAGUUGAGAUUGAGCUUUGCUCCAAUGUGAUACUAGAUGAAUCUUAAGAGCUUACGGAAGAAAUGGGUCAAAUAGAGGCGUCCAAUGCAAUGGUGAAAACCUAACCUUCUUCCGUUUCUUCCAUGUAUAGAAUUUGUGUAUAAAAUGCAAUGUCUCUAUUUCUUAUUUAAUGGUGAAGAACUGCUCGCCCAUUUAGGGAGCAUUUGGUUGUACCUCAAGAUCAUGUUUGGCAGGGCUCACCAGGCUUGCAUGUGAUGCACUUGGUGUUUGGGGCGGCCCUGGAAAAGAACCUGCAUCAAUUGGGCUAGUGCUUUCCCUCAUUUUCCUCCCCAAAUCAUGGUUGAGAAAAGAACUGGAUCCCAAAUUGAGAUUUAGAUAAUGACAAAUGGCACACUCUUUAUCUCAACCUCAAGUUGGUGGUAUAGUGUCAUGUCGGCCUGGGAACCGUGGAAACCGAAAUGUACUCCUUUAGAUGUUAUCUCCUAGUCAUGUUAUUGUUUGGACGCUCUCAAAUUCUCAUCUCCCCGUUGCCCAUUGCUGUUGUAGGGCAGACUUCAAUCCAUUUCCUUGCAUAAUUUUGUUGUUGUAUAUUUGGAGACAACAGAUAUGAAAUAUAUAUUGCCAAUAUGUGAUAAGUGGCUUGUAUAA